CUUUUGCAUCUGCAGCUCAGAGCACCCUAACCACACAGGACAGGAUGCGAGAGAGUGGUUAGAUAGCAAAAGCGAAGGCUGGACUCCAUCCUGCAAGGCUCUGAGCAGCCCUGGCAAGGUGCUGUGUGCCCUCCUCUCCUGGAGCUGCUGGCGAGCAGCACCCUGCUCAGCACCCCGUGCUUUCAGCAGGAUCCAACCCUAUAUCUGCUGCAUGCACAUCUGAUAAGAGCAUCACCUUUAGAAUGCUGCUUUCAAAACAACUUUACAUGAUGGCUUGGUGGCUGCCUCCAAACCAGUGUCCUGGCCCUCCUCACAGUACAGCCUCACAGCCCUCCUCCUCUGCACCCCAACAAAAACACAGAUUUAUCCUCUUUCCAUGGAGAAAAGAAAGCCUGUCUCCUUGUGAGCAGUGAGGGCCCCUCUGCAUUUACCCUCAAUUAUUUUAUUGGUGGUGCAUGGUCGCACAAAUGUCGGAUACCUGAAGAACGUGGGGGCAGGGCCUUGCCUCCCUGCUGCUGGCUUGAGAGGUGUGGGGUCAUACAGGGGGCAUGAGAUGCCCAAAGUUGUGUGGAGGUGAUGUUGGGAGGUCAGCAGCUGGCAGGAGUGCCCAGCAACCCUAACAGCUCUUUUCAUGCCCUAAUAUAUAGAUGUAGGUAACAUGGCUAAGUGGGGGACAGGUUCUGAGAUGACUUGUGCCCUUGGGGACAGGGUGAGUACCUCAGCAGGGUACCAAGAAAGCUGCUUAGAACUUGUCUCUCCGAAGUGAUGACCAAGCACCAAGAACAAAAAUCCCAUCAUCUGUUGAGGAGCAUGAAAGAUGUGCCCACACUAGGGCUGCAGUGCCCACAGAGCUGGUCCUUUCUCCAUCAUCAUCCAGCCUACCCAGGCAGUGACCUUACUUAUGGGGAGCACAAGGGAAGGCCAGAAACCAGCACAACCCACUUGCCUCAGCCAAGUGUCUUCACUGCAAAAUCAUCCUUCUCGUGAAGGAAACAGGGGGAAAAAAGCCUUUCUUCCCCUUUCAAGAAACAAUCAACUUUUCAAGUGCUUCCUUGCCCCUGGCAGCCCACAGUGCUUUUCAGCAUCUCUGUCUGUGUAUUCGUGGUCUUCAUUUCUUUGAAGACAAUUUGCCAUUGAAACUUUCAUCUGCAGCAGGAAAAAACCACCAGGGCAUAGUCUGGAGUGUUUCAGGGGCAAAUAUGAAUAUAUGGAAUAAGAACCGCUCUCUGCUUCUGGUAGAACAGUAGGAAAAAGCAUGGAAGUGCACCAGAGAAGAAAGUCUAAGCAACCUUUUUUGUUGUGGGACAUGGUAGUGAACAAACCUACCCACUACGAAGAGCUUUUUCCAGGAAGUGUAGGUUGCUGCAACCUGUAUCCCUUGAGCAGCGGUUGCUCACACAACAGUUCUCAUGCUACUUGCAAGCAGCGCAUUUGGAGGAGCCUCAGCAACGAGCACGGAGGAUGAACGAAACUUACAGCCCUGCGACACCUCGACCCAUCGGCGGCACCUCACCCGGCACCAUGAAAAUGUUCAUGGGCUUCCUCGCUGUAUUUAUGGUGGCACAGACAAUUGGGACUGUACUCUUCUGUUUGUAUCUUCACAUGAAGAUGGAUAAGAUGGAAGAGGUGCUGAGCUUAAAUGAAGAUUACAUCUUCCUGAGGAAAAUACAGAAAUGUCAGACAGCAGAAGGUCAUAAGUCGACAUUAUUGGACUGUGAAAAGAUUUUAAAGGGUUUCCAGGACCUCCAGUGCAAGGAUGGAGGGGCCAGCAAGGGGCCACCCAAGUUUGAAAUGCAGAGAGGCCAUGAGCACCGUGAGCAUCCCCAUCCAACGCAAAAGAACGUGACAUCUGUGGCAGUGGAGAAGAGGCAGCCGAUCGCAGCCCACUUGGCAAUUCAAGAGAACAAGAAGACAGUCUCAGUGCUAGAAUGGAAGACGACGAUGUACGGCCCCAUGAACAACAGCUCGAUAUCCUACCAGGAGGGGAAACUGAAGGUGAAGGAAGCAGGGCUCUAUUACGUCUACUCCCAAGUCAGCUUCUGCACCAAGGAAGUGACUUCAGCACCCUUCACCCUCUAUAUUUAUUUGUAUCUCCCCAUGGAAGAGGACCGGCUCUUGCUGAAAGGACUAGACACACACAGCACCUCCAAGGCUCACUGUGACCUCCAGUCCAUCCGGGUAGGAGGCGUCUUUGAGCUCCGGGAAGGCGACAUGGUCUUUGUCAAUGUGACAGACUCAACACGAGUGAACUACAACCAUGGCAGCAACUACUUCGGCAUCUUCAAGCUGUAGCGAGGAGGAGGCUGCCCCAAGCUGGGGAUCCAGCCUGACUUUGUUGAGCAAAGUGGCUUUCCCUGUUUCCCGUAUUUAUGUUCCUCUGCCUCUUUGGCUUUCAUGUUUCUUAAUUUGUAUAUUUUGUUAUUUAUUAAUGAAGGCCAAGGGGCCUUGAGAAUACAAAUGGAACAAAGUUUGAA